CAAUUGCUGUGCAGGUCGUAAGGGUUGCAACUAUUACAGUGCUGACGGGACCUUCAUUUGUGAAGGAGAGUCUGACCCCAACAACCCAAAACCUUGCACUCUGAACUGUGAUCCAAGAAUUUUCUAUUCAAAGUGUCCACGUUCCGAAGCAAGUGCAGAACAACCCAUAUGCACCAAUUGUUGUGCAGGCCUCAAGGGUUGCAACUAUUACAAUGCUGACGGGACUUUCAUUUGUGAGGGAGAGUCUGACCCCAACCACCCAAAAGCUUGCCCCAAGAAUUGUGAUCCUAAUAUUGCCUAUUCACUAUGUCUGUAUGAAAAGUAAAAGCAUGAACAGUGUCAUGCUAAUCUCCGUAAUACGCAUGGGCGUCUAUAUGAAAAAUAAAAGCAUGAACGUAACGGUGUCAUGCUAAUCUAUGUAAUAUGGGCGUUGGAGCCCUUUUGGACUUAAAUAAUAUGUGUUCAAGUGUGUUAAGCUCUCUAAUAAAGAAGCAACCGUACGUACCUUCA